AGAUGAUGAAGAUGAAGAAGAAGAGACUGAUGAAAUUUCAAGUAAUAUUACUCAUAAUAGAAAUGAAUCCAUAAGUUCUACUUCUGAAGAUCCAAGUAUCAGUAAAGUAAGUAGUAAUCCAAGAGGUUCAGUUGAUAAUUCAAGUAAAGUAAAAUCAAAUGAUUCUUAUGAUAAUCUAACAUCAAAUGUUUCAGGAAACAAUAAUGAUCAAUCAUUAGAUAUAAUCGAUUCAGAUGAUAAUAAUAAUGAUGAUUUUAAUUAUUUUUUCCAUAUCGCCUUAACACCUUUAGAGUGUACCCUUAUUUGUUCAACAUCAGUCAUGAAAACUUAUUUCAAAAAUCCUAUAAAGAUCUGCCAAGAAUUAAAUUAUGAUGAUGUCAAAGUUAUAGACCAAAAUUUCUUAAGUUUACAAGUUGAUAGUGAUGGAAGUUUUGAUAAUAGUUUAAGAAUUCUUGAAUUGACUAAACCAUUAUCAGAAAAUAAUAUAUCAUUAUUCUUUUUAUCAAGUCAUUUUAGUGAUAUUGUUUUAAUACCUUAUAUUUUUAAAGAAAAAGUUAUUAGUAUUCUUACUAAAAAGAAUUUUGAAUUUUCCGAUAUUUCCAAUAGUUAUAUAAUGACACCUAAUGAUCUUAUAGAUCCGUCAAUGUUAAAUGAUUCUGAUGAAGAUAAAGAAUUAGGAUCUCAACGAUUUGAAAAUAAGACUUUUAAAUUAUUUAAAGAUUCUAAUAUUAAACCUAUAGUUAAUAGAAAUGUUAAAUUAUUAUUAACAGGAGCAAGAGCAGGAGAAGUUAAUAAUACAAUAUUAAAAACUGCCAAGAUAUUAUCUAGUUUUAAUUCUAUACCUGAUUAUUAUGCUAUCACUAGAACUUCUAUAAAUGAAGUUUCAUUAAUUUUACCUAAAUCUUCAAAAAAGAGAUUAAGUAUGGGAUUUGAUUCUAAAAAUAUAAUUGGAUCAACUCAAGAUAUAAUUAUUCCAAUAACAAUUGAUUUUUCUAAAUUACCAUUGGAUUCAACUGGGAUUGUGGCAGGGGUUGCCAGUAAAUUAAUUAAUGGACUUAAAAAGUAUAAUGAUUCUACUAUUGAGAUGAAUUAUUUUUCAAUGGCAAGAUCUGGUAUGAUUAUGAUUCCUAAAGAAAACAUUGAUGUUAUUAGUGAAAUCCUUAAUAAUAUCGAUUAUGAUAUACCAAUUGAUUCCUUAACAAUUUAAAAUUUCACUAGUUCAUUUCAUUAAUUCUCUGUAUUAUUAGUUAUUGUAAGUAGUAUUCUUUCUUUCUUUCUUUUUCUUCUUUCUUUCUUUCUUUCACUCUGGUUAUAGGUUUUUAACAAAAAUAAAAUAUUCUUUAAUUCUUUCAAUUGGUUAUAUAUCAAUUAAUUAGUCUAUUAACUUUAUAAGUAAGUUGAUGUAAAAACGCUUUCCAUAAUGGGAUAUGAUCACGUAAUGAUAACUGUUUAACUUCUGUCCAUACUUGUAUACCGAUGGCUAGUAAUACAACAAGUAUAACUAAUUGGAAAAAGCUCUUAAAGAAACAAGGUACACCCAUACUGUAUGAUGAAAACUAACUAUAAGUAUACGUAUAUAUAUAGUAAUAUAAGUAUACGGUAAUAUAAGUAUACGUCGUAUAUGUAAAGUAUACGUCGUAUAGGUAAAGUAGUGCGACGUAUAAGCAACUAGUCGGUAUUUGUUAGUAUCAGAGA